CGGGCUCCGCUCCCCGCCCCGCUCCGCCCUCAGAGCCGGGGCCGCCCCUUCCCGCCCGGGGAAGCGGGGCCGGGUGCUGUCCCAUGGCAGCUGCCCCAGCAGAGAGCUCCAGCAGCCACGGGAAGGGGCUGGGGUUGAGCCACAGUCACAGCAGCUCUGCCUUAGACUAUUCAGGGGACGCCUUUGAGUCCUUCAGUGAAGAGCAGGAGAGUGAAGCACCUGGAUCCUGGUGUUCCACAGAGGAUUUGGAGAGGGCAGCUGUGUCAGAGGCUUUGGAAAGCUCAUCAUCACUGGCAGGCCAAAGUCCUUCAGAGGAGGAGUUUGAAGCAGUGGAUCCUGCAGCUGUGGAAAGAGCUGCCAUAGGAAAAUGGAUUGAUGCCAUGAGAAAAUGGAUUGAUCUGAAAAAUAAAGACACUGGGAUUAGGCCAGACAAAUCUGCCAUCAGAACUCCUGCUGCAGUUGCUGAGCUGUCCCAUGGAGAGCUGGCUGCUCUCAGCUCUUUCUGCAGCAGGAGGAUCAGCAGCAUGCAGCAGGAGCAGGCAGGGAAGGGCAGGAAGCUGCAGUGGGGAGGCCCAGCAAGGCACACUGAGACACCAGAUUCCUGUGCUGUUCCUGCCCAGCUGAUGAACAGGAUCCUGCUGGAAAACACCAUGGAGGCUGUGAAACAGGUGACAGAAGCUGAAAUCCAUGAGACUUCAACCUGUCCUGACUGCCAGCAGAAGGAGGCAGAGCUGGCCAAGGUUGCCUUUCUCAGGCAAAAAAAGACUCUGCUGGAAGGUGCUUUAAUCCAAGAGAAAUUGGAAGAAAAGUUUUACUCCAGGGACAUGCUCUCACUUCUAGGAGAAGCACUCAGAAGCUUUCCCAAACCUUCAGUGGAUCCCAGGGAUUUGUGGCAAAGGCUGAAGGGUCAGGAGUGGAAAGACUGAAUGAGCCAUAACUCCAGUGGGUGAAGAACUGGAGAGAGCCUCCUGUGGGCAGUCAGCUCCAGAAUUCCAAUGAUUUUGGAUCUGAGCUGCUCUGGCAGUGAUGGAUUGGCUGCUGCUUUAAUAUUCCUGCAGGUGGAACCAGAUCUGCCUGGCUGGGGUAUGAGUCAACCCUUCUUCCUUCCCCAGUGCAAAUGUUGCAAUAUAUUGUAAUCUGUCUUCAUAGGUUUCUCAAAUUCCAGAAGCCAACAGUUUCCAUUAUUAAUCUGGCCAGCCAGAAGUAUUGUUUUUUGUGGGAUUACUGUGGGAUUGCAGAGCAGCUCCCAGCUGCUGCCAUCCAUAAGGAAAAUAAAUGAUUCCAUUUGCCAGGGCAGGGAGGUGUAAUUACUGCAUUUCAGCUCAGGCUUUGCCCACUGCCACAUGGUAAAUUGAAAGUGAGCCCCAGGUGGAGGACAAAAAGCAAAGUUAACUAUAAAAAGCAGUAGAAUGAAAUGCAGUAUUUAUAGAAGGGAAAUAAUGAGGUUGUAACAGAAAUUAAUCAGCAGGACUGGGGAUGCCAAUGGCUUGAGAAAUGAUAAUAAAUUAAUCAUGGAAUCUAUAUAGGAUAGAGAGAAAAAAUCAACAGAUUAAAACUGGGAUAAGAAUUGCAAGAAAAUAUUUUGGAAUUUGUUGUAAUUUUUCAAGAUGAUGAAGUCACCGUUAUUCAAAGAUUGGAUCUGGGGUUCAGUACACAUCCAAAUAAAAUGGAAUUGUGCUGGGAAUCUUUGGGUAAGACAAUGAAAUCAUCCUCACUGUGGCCUCCAAAGCCCGGUGCUGCUCUGUGGGCACCUCUGCAGCCCUUUGUGGUCAAGGCUGACAGCAGGGGCUCAGCCCCUUGCUCCAGCCAUGGCCUGACUCUCCUCAGCCUCCCAUUUCCUGAUUUCUCUGCAUUCCCAUCUCUGUGGAAGUCUUGGAGGGAUAUCCCUAUCUAUGAACCCACACUGUAUUUUUGUGCCAAAGCAGAGAGAAUUAAAUCCCCCUGUUGCAUUUUCUUCCCUCAUUUUGGGACAAGAGCCCUCACUGCUGAAGUGGGGUUUGUGUUUCAUGGAGUUGUUUCCCUCCCCGUGCUCUGUGUUGUUUAUCAGAGUCCUUGAGGGCUGUUUAGCUUCUUGUUCUCACUUCUCACAAACCAAUGGAAAACCUGGUGGGAAAUGCUGGGAUAUAAACAGAAGUAUUAGCCAAGGUCUGCCUUCUGCUGCUUAAGAAUCUGCUCUGAGUGAUUUCCCUGGGAGUGGAUCCUGAGUAGGUCAAGCACCAGGUGGGAGCCCAGCCCAGUCCUGAGUGACUCAGAGCUGCUUGUCCCUGCAAACAGCUUUAACUGUCCAUCAAAAAUAUUCCCCCAAAAGCAUCCCCUUUUGAAUUGUCCCUGCAGAGCACCUGGGUAAUGAAUAAACUCUGCUUGUUCCUUCCUGUUGCUCUGGAAUCCUUAGAAAUGUUUAAGUCCCUUAAAUUUCCUGCCUUCCAAUCUCUUCAUGGAUGCCCCACCUCUGUUCCUUACUUGUUUUGGUCUGCACUCCCUGGUUCUCUGAGCCUUUGGAAGUCUGCAAACGCUGGGAAAGGCACCCAGAAUUUCAGGUGGAGCCUUAGAAGGGCUGUCAGGUGUACAGGGAGGUGAUCAGGAACGGAAUCCUUUGAAAAUGUCAUUUUGUAGCACAGAUUUCAGCCCUUGCAGACCCACAAAAAGUGACUUCCAUGCACAUGUUGAUAUUUCUGUUUUCAGAACAUAGACGCUUUCUAGAGCUACUGAAAUUUCUUUGCAGCUGCUGUCAUGGCUUUCUGUAAAUCCUGAACUGUGAGUUAUUUGGGUUAUGUGUCUGACAGUAUUUGUCUGUGGAAAAGCAGCCUGCUCACACACAGUGCCUGCACAGUUCUCGUUUGUUUGCAUAAAUGUUACAAACAGAACUCAGGUAACUCCUCAGGAAAAUCAAAGCAGAUUUUGCUGAUGGCUGUUGGAUGCAUUUUCCUGCUGCUCACUACAGUUGUUUCAUUCUUUUAUCAGCAAUGACUCUGAGUGUUUUCUUUAGCAGCUCUUAGAGAUAUGCAAUGGAAUGAAUGAUCCGAGCCCCUAAAUAAUUUAUUUCCUAAUCCUGCACUUUUUGAGGCUGGAGAUCCAAAACUCUGCCAGGAAGGAUGUGGGAAAGAGGGUGUAUGAUGUAUCUUCCUUUUUCCCUUUCCAGGAGCUCCUCCCUCCAGCAGCAGAUUUUUCUUUUGAUCCAAAGAAACCUCAAAACUCUGGUCAAUGAAUAUUGACUCAUCUGCUGCCUGGUUUGUGCUUGCUGGGGCAUAAAAGGAGCAGGGUGGCUCAAGAGGGAUUCCUUGGGAAAAGCAGCUGUGGCUGUGAAACAAAUCAAUCUGCCUCUUCAAAGUGCUCUGCAGCUUUGCCUUUGUGGUUUUCAUGCCACCCAGAGUUGGAUGAUUUAAUCUUCUGGAUGAUUGCUGAUGUGGGGUUCAUUGCUCUGAGCUCUGUGGUAACAGAGAAGGUUUCUCCCAUCUCAGUUGUUUCAUGCUCUGUGUAUGCUGAUAUCCACUUUUGGGGUGUUGGAUUUUAGAACUGACUCUUUGGAGAAACUUACAUUCCUCACAUUAUCAUUACAGCUUCCCAUGGGCUGGAGCACUGUAACUUUCCCUUUCAUUUGCUCCAGCUUUAUGAAAAACCACCCUGCACUCCAGGCUCCCUCAUUCCUUGUCUUCUUUCCAGCCCUCUCUUCAGCUCUGGGAGUUUGUAUCUCUAGGAAAAACUUCCAUCUCAGUCCCAGCAGGCUGCUAGCCCAGCUCUGAGUGGGAAUGAACUUUCAGUGUCAUUAAGUCCCUGGAUAUGAGCUGGCAACAGAGCUGAACAUUCACAAACGGCCUGUUCUGGUGGCAGGCCCUGCCCAUGGCAGGGGUGGCACUGGAUGAGCUUUAAGGUCCCUUCCAAGUCAAACCAUUCCACAAUUCUGGGAUAUUCGAGUUUGGAUUUCCAGCUACUGAGGAAAUCCUUUGUGGUCCCACUGGUCCAGUGUAGGAUCACAGAAAAGUCUGGAUUGGAAGAGACCUUCCAAAGGCCCCCUAACCUCCCCUGCCAUAGCAGGGACACCUUCCAAUAUCCCAGGAUGAUCCAACCUGGCCUUAGACACUUUCACGGAUCCAGGGGCAGCCACAGCUUCUCUGGGAAUUCUAUUCCAGGGCCUGCCUACCCUCAGUGUAAAAACCUUCUUGUAUCUGGUCUAAACCAACCCUCCUGCAGGUAAAACCAUUCUCCCUUGUCCUGAGGACACAGGGCCUGCUGAGAGCCGUGCCCCAUCUCUCCUGCAGGCCCAGGUACAGGAAUGUUUCCCUGGAGCCUUCCCUUCUCCAGCUGAACACUCCCAACACUUGGGUUCUCCUCAGGGGAGAGGGGCUCCAGCCCUCAGAGCACCUUUGUGGCCUCAUUCCAUUAAUCCUGAGUCUUUUCUCUGAAGUUACAGGAAAAUAUGAAAUGCUCCAGGCCCCUCAUUGCCUCCUCAGAAAUUCCCCUCUUGGGGUUGGGGUGUGGUGAGACUUGGGUAUUUUUUUAGUUCUGUUUUUUACCACGGCCAGUUUGAUGAGGUUCCAAGAAAAGGAGCUGAACUCAUUUCUUCGUAUUGGGAACUUGACAAAAGUUUUCAGCUGGUGGCACCAAGGAUGAGAGCUGGUGUUCCCUGAGUGCAGUUCCCCCAAACCAUCCAUGUAUCCUCCAGCAAGAGCUGCAGUGCUCCCAGCUCUGCAUCCUUCAAGCAUUUUCCAAUCUCCUUGCAUUCCUCAAGCUGUGGUUUUAUUACCACUGGAUGUGAUUUUCAGAGAGUGACUUGAUUGUGCCCCAGAGGGAGGCACUGGGUGUAUGCAGAUCAGCCCUGCCUGCCCUGGGGCUGCUUUCCUGACUGCUCUGCCUUUAAAUGAUGGCAAAACAGAUAUUAAUCCUAUCAACUACACAUUUGCAUUGUUUUCAUGCAACUAUUUGUCCUUUUUUUUUCUCCACAACUGAUUUUGAAGAUCUUUGGCAGCACUGACAACACCAGGGUGUGGAUGGGAGAUGAGGGGGAGUGGAUUCCUUCUGUCAGGGUCCUCCAUCUUCCAGAUUACCCAAAUAAUUGAUCCGGGUACUUAAAAAAAACCCCAAACAUUUUCCAGCUUCUGGGCAUGGAUAUUCACUGCUUAUUUAUUCAUUUAUUUAUUCUGUAAUAAAAUAGUACUGCUUUCACAGA